CUGCACUAUGGGACCCUCCUGGGCAGCAGAGCUUGUGCCACCAUGGCAGCAGCUGCCUGGGCCAGUGGCUUUCUCAAUGCUUUGCUGCAAACAGCCAAUACAUUUUCCCUGCCCCUGUGCCGAGGCAAUGCCCUUGGACAGUUUUUCUGUGAAAUCCCACAGAUCCUCAAGCUCUCCUGCUCCAUGUCCUAUGUCAAGGAAGUUGGUCUCAUUGCUGUUAGUGUGUGUUUAGCAUUUGGUUGUUUUGUGUUCAUUGUUUUCUCCUAUGUGCAGAUCUUCAGGGCUGUGCUGAGGAUCCCCUCUGAGCAGAGAAGGUACAAAGCCUUUUCCACCUGCCUCCCUCACCUUGCUGUGGUCUCUCUGUACCUCAGCACGGCAGUGUUUGCCUACUUGAAGCCCCCCUCAAUGUCGUCCCCAUCCCUGGAUAUGGCCAUGUCAGUUCUGUACUCAGUGGUGCCUCCAAGCCAGGGCUGCCUGCCAGCCAUCGCCAAACUGCCUUGA